GUGUGUUCGAGUAGCUCGCUGCUUUCUCCACAGUUAUUACUAUCAGUACGCCUGUAGCCUCCGCUGUUUUUAAUAAUCCUCCGGUAAAAUGCAGAAACACUUGCACUUCCCUGAUGAAAGUGAAGGCAGAUAAGUGAGCUUGUGCGGUCGGAGACAAGUGCAGUGAUAUAACAGCCACCCUCAACCUGCGGAUGACCAAAUAAGUCAGGACAUUACGGGUGGUUUAUAGUUGUGUCACGUCUCGACUUUUCCAGACGAGUGUCGAUAAUAAUGCCAGUUGACGAUAUUUACUGGAAUUCCAUCGAUUUCGGGAGCGAGGAGGAGUCGCUCCACUCGCCCUCUCCCAAGCACUACGUCGACCCCUGGGACUUGGAGAACUACGCCUACAUCAGGGAGCAUCUCGACUCGAUUGAUGUCAGCUCGGACCCCAGCGGUUCCGACGACUUCACCACUGACGUAAACUCGACUUCCUUCCGGUACGUGCCUCUGCAGCGUGACCAAAACUACGAAGAAGUGGCUUAUGGCAAGCCCAGGACGAGAAGGAUGUACAGCACAGGGGGGCUUCACCGAAGCUACGAUCCCGAGUUUGACGAGAAUCCUUAUGAAGUGAACAUGAAGGACGUCUCCCCUCCCUAUGUCUAUGACCAGGACAGGUGGAGAAAAGUCCCGGUGGCUCCGCACCGAAGGAACCCAAGAGAUCGCAGCAUCAGCUUCUCAUACGGCGACUAUGAGACUGGGCAGGAUAUUUAUUGCAGGCUGGACGAAAUACGGCCAAAAAGAGAGGCGACUUUGCCGAUUUACGACGACGUGAGGAACAGAAGACAGCCGCGGAAUUUUGGACUGAGCAACUACGGACAUCUGAAGAUUGACUAUUCGUACAGUUGGAAUAGAUUGGACAAAUACAUUUGUAACUGAAUAAUCCGGGAACCAAGACUGUAUAUAUGCGUACAAAAUUAUUUAUACAAUAAACUUACGUAAUGGAA